GCCGGGGCCGGGGCCGGCCUUCGCGCUCCUCCGCGCCGGCCCAACCGCGCCACCUUUGGAAGGUAUACAUUAUUGGAGGUUUAUGUGAUGUUGUUCUUGGUGUUGAAGGAGGAUGGAGAAGCAUGUGAACACACCUGGGACCAGAAACACACCUGAGUCCAGAAAGUCAUUGUUCCCAUCUUCAGGAAAGCACAGGACUGCAGUAAGCGGAGGAGGCUCCCACGUUUGAAUUAAUGAGUCUUCCUGUGAGAAGCAGAUACACUGAUGAAGCUGCAGAUCCUUCCUAUAAACAGUCUGUUACACAGCAGCCCCGGCUCAGCAGCAGGGAUAAUUUUGCUGAAGAAGAAAAACUUUCACACUGGAGGAGCCUAAAUAGAGCAUGUUUCACCUGUAGACCUCAAAGGGCUUGGGAAUUGAGAUAUGAGUGACCUGAAGAUGAAACUCUCUGCCGUCUAUGAGCUGUUAGUGGAUGGUGUUGGGCCAUGGGACUUCACUGGAGGUUUUGUUCCUUGUGAGCUGCUGCUUACUGGAAAGGAUGCCUACCCUGUGCUUGUGAGCUCUCAGAAACAAGUUCUGAUCGCUGUUUCACGGUAUGGGAAGGGCCGGAUGGUGGUUGUUUCGCAUGAGGGAAUCUUGAAGGACUGCAAGUUUUCCCGGUUCCUCAGAAAUGCUGUGGACUGGCUCAAGCCCUCCCCUGGGGCCCUGGUUGGGGUCCAUCAUCGUUUGGAUUCCCUCUCCCAGCUGCUCCUCAGUGCUGGCACCAAAGUACAGGCUGGGGCAGAGCUCAGCACCCCUCUAGGGGUGUACUGUAUGGAUGCCUAUGACAGUACUCACGCAAAGACCCUGAUUCACUUUGUAAAGGAAGGUGGGGGCCUGCUCAUUGGAGGCCAGGCCUGGUACUGGGCUAGUCAACAUGGCAAGGAGAAGGUGCUGUUUGAAUUUCCUGGGAACCAGGUGACCAGUGUGGCUGGUGUGUACUUCACGGCAAACACUGUGGGAAAGGGGAUCCUCAAAGUUGCGAAGAAGAUACCAAAGAUUCCCUUACUUGUCCCACAUCAUGCCAACCUCAGCCUUGACGCUGAGUUUCUCCUGCGUGGUGUGUCAGAGCUGGAUGUUGUGACAGGGGGCCUACCCUCCAUCUUACUGGUGCAUGGUAUACUCUCCUUCCCACUCUGCCUGGACAGCUCACACCGCUGCCUCUUAGCUGCAGCACGCUAUGGCAAAGGGCGUGUUGUGGUGGCAACUCAUGAGAGUCAGCUGUCCUCCCCAAAGCUGGCUGGAUUCCUGCUCAAUGCUGUGCAGUGGCUGGAUGCAGGGAGGAAGGGGCUGGUUGGUGUGGAUGUCAACCUGAAGAGACUGUGUAACCUGUUCUCUCAAGGAGAGGUGAAGUUCCAGGUGUCACACCUGACAAGCGAUAUGAGUGUGUACUGCUGCCCUUCUUACAGCGACAGAGAGGUGGAGAAGAUUCAUGCUUUUGUGGCAGAGGGAGGUGGCCUGCUGACUGGAGGUCAGGCCUGGUACUGGGCUUCCCAGAACCACAGCAAAGCUGCUGUGGCAGAAUAUCCUGGCAACAAAAUCCUCAACCACUUUGGGCUCAGCAUCCUGGGUCUAAAUGUCCAAGCAGCUAAGUACUCAGCUGUGGUGCCUGGGGAGCACUACCACUUCCGCAAGGCUCUCUCUCUUUUCCAGAGGCAUGUAGACAAGGCUGAGGAGCUCAAAGCUCCCUUGAAGGACUGGCUGCAAAGACUGACGCAAGACUGCGCUGCCUUUCUGCGCAUCCCAGCCGAAGACUGCCCUGCGUAUGCCUCGCUCCACCGCAUCCUGACUAAAGUGCUUCGCAGAAGUGGGAUCCCACAUGUCAGCAGGCACUGCCCUGUCCAGAGCAACUCCAAAGAGGCAGCCCUUCUCUGUAUGGCAACUGAGCUGUCCUGUGCCAUGAUGGACUGUGCGGCCUUAGUGCAGAAACCUGCCAGUGGGGUCGGUGACCUACCUGUUACUGUGGAAAUUGAUGGCACAAACCCAGGCAGGACAGCCUGGAGGAGUACGGGACUCUAUCUCCCUGAAGGACAUACGGCAGUUAUAACGUUCCCUAGCAUGGUGGUUGGUGCUGGUCUGCAGGUGCAGAUUGGAUGUCAUACAGAUGAUCUCUCUCAUGCCACAGAGCUGAAACGGGCCCCAGUGGUGAUACGCACCUGUAAUAUUACCUGCCAGAAACAGUCUGUUUCCUGCCUCUGGGGUGGCCUUAUUUACAUCACAGUACCAGGAAAGAGCAUCCUGGGGAAAGUGUCCAUCAUAGUAGAAGGAGCGGUCAGAGCUCCUUUCUUCAAGCUUGGGGAGACCUGUGAAAGCCAGUGGCAGGCCUGUAUCCGGCAUUACCCUGCUCCCUGGGCAGAAUUAGCAGUUGAGAAUCUUAUCCUGACUGUACCAGCUGACAGCAUUCGCCACAUAGAGAACCCGAAGCCGCUGCUGAGCCUGUGGGAUGAGAUCAUGGUGGCAAUAAGCACGUUGGCAGCUGUACCAUCAAAAUUCCCAAGGCCAGAGAGGAUUGUAACAGAUGUCCAGAUCUCAUAUGUUGCAAUUGUACCUGCUGGAGACGAGGCUGCACAAGGGUUACUGUGGGCAAAGCUUAGCCUGAAAAAACAUGUGUCCGAGCUGAUGGCAAAGCAAAAGCAGAACGUACAUCGCUAUCAAAGCCUGUGAGUUUGUAGUUUUGCACUGAUGCUCCCCCACAUCCCCACGCUAGCUUUUAAAGUUGUAAACUGAGUGCAUUUGAUUUAAAGUCAGUUAGAUGGUAAAUAUGGAACCUUACAAUGCUAUUUUAAUUCAGUUGUAUUUCAAAGCUAGCUGGUUAAAUUCAUCAUCCCACAGUGAGGGCAAGGGCUUGGCAUGAACCCUGAUGUCCUAACCCCUUGCUAGACCACUGGGAAAGAAUUUACUGCACAUCUUGGGAGUGUUAAAUUCUGCUGUCCUGGGAAAAGGCCAGUUUAACUUACCAUAGUCUGCAGACUCAAAAUUCCCUUGUAUUUUGGAUGGUCUAAAUUGUUUGACUCACAUUUUUGGACUUGAACUUUUGGGGUUGCCAGGGGUUGCUAUAGGGUUGCUCCCCUCCUAUGAAAAAAAAGAGGAGUUCAAGAUCUUAAAUAAUUUCUGCAAGAAGGGGUCUGUGAUUCAUGUCCUCUAAGUUGGGUGGUUUACAAGCUUUGUGUUCAGUCAAAGCCAGCUAUGUAGGCUUUCUCUGUGGUGAGUGUAAAGGGCUCUUCAACCCAUCCUAUGAUAGGUGUUUGAGUUUGGGGAGGUGACACUUGUAUGAAUUUUUGGGAAUCUUCAGGAAGGACAAAUCAAGAAUGAAGCCACCCAGGAGACUUGGAUAAAAUCCCUUGCAGUGCCAAAUUCUUGCUCAGCAUGAUGCUGGUAAAUUGUUUAGAUGACAGCUAUUCUGUGAAGUUGAGUGUGACAAACACUGUGAUCUCCCAUGUGUUUCUUCCAGAGUGCUGUCUCUUGAAGUGCGGACCUGCAGUAUCCACACUUUACACAUAAAGAGUCUAGCUCUGCCAGAGUGUAGAAUCACAUUAUUGCAUGGUUGGAUUGGCCUCAGUGUGCUCAGUUUGAGAGAGUACUGGGCAAUGUUUGAGAGUGUUCUGGGCAACGUUCAGGCUUUCUCCUUCCAUCUAAAACAUCAGUGUCGGUCCAACUGUGAAUGUAUGCUUAUGUAUACACAGGCAAGUGGGCAAAACUGCACUUAACUGAUGGUUCAGUGUUACCCUUACACCCCUUAUUUGGCUAUCUGUUAAGGUGAAGUUUGUAGUAUUUCCUUACCUCAAAAAAGAAAAAAAUCAUCACUCCCGGUGAUACAGUGUGGUUUGUGAAAUGGAGCAAAGGCACUAGAGAAACGAAAAAAUGUGGUCAUUUAUAUAUAAGAGGCACUGGGAUAAGAACUUAGGCUGUGUGUUGGUACCUGUC